GUUGAGUUUUGUAUUGAAUAGUGAAUAGUCAGUCAGUGGCCUACUGAAAGUGCAGCAGCUGGGAAUGAAAUUAAACCAAUGUUGAAGUUCACAGACUAGAUGCUUUAACUUUGAAUUAUCCAAUUGUAAACUAGUAUUCUAAUUUUCCAUCCAACGUUUUUCGUUUUAAUUAGAAUGGCUGUAGAUGAAGAACCCGACACUACUGCGAAAAAUAGCGCAGGAGGUGAAAACACAGAAAAUAAAAGAAAUGAAAGUAGAGGUGAAGAAGAAAGAGCCUUUGAAUGCAACAUAUGUUUGGAUACGGCAAAAGAUGCAGUCAUUAGUAUGUGUGGACAUCUUUUUUGUUGGCCGUGUUUGCAUCAGUGGCUGGAAACAAGACCAAACAGGCAGUCAUGCCCUGUCUGCAAAGCUGCCAUAAGCAGAGAUAAAGUUAUACCAUUAUAUGGACGUGGGGGCUCAAAAGAAGAUCCAAGAGAGAAAUUGCCUCCUAGACCUCAAGGUCAAAGAACAGAACCAGAAAAUACAGGAGCUUUCUCGAAUUUUGGAUUUGAUGGGGGAUUUCAAAUGUCUUUUGGAAUUGGAGCCUUUCCAUUUGGAUUAUUUGCUUCCACUUUCAACUUUGGUGAUCCUGUUAUUAGAGGUCACGGAGCCCAUGGAACAAAUCCUGCAAAUUUGGAAGACGAACGCUUUUUGUCACAAUUAUUUUUGUGGGUUGCAAUUCUUUUUAUCUUUUGGUUAUUGGUAGCUUAAACUUGUGGUUUUUGGUUCUUCUGUGUUGUAAAUUUUUUAUCUUAAAGAUUCCCGGGGUUUAUACUUUAAUUGAAGUAUUUCUCGAAAAUUUCCUAGACAGUGGAUUUAUAUAUAUGAAAAUUAAAAGUGAAAUGUUCAGAGAUUGCAAGUCUUGUUAAAUGAAAUUUUUCCCUUAUUAAAUAGAUCAUUCGUGAAUAACA